AUGGUUCCAGCGGAAGUGUUGAACGAGUUCCGCCACCUGUUUUCACCAGAGGAGGCCAUGAAGCUGCCGCCACACCGGCCAGGUGUGGACCACGAGGUAAACUUGCAGCCUGACAAGAAUGGGAACGAGCCGCCCCUGCCCUGGGGACCGCUUUACAACAUGUCACGCGAAGAGUUCUCAGCGGCUGCCGCGCCGGUGCUGUUCCGCGACCGAUAUCCACUGCCCCUCAUCGCGGAGACCCUACAGAAUCUGGCCAAGGCUAAGUGGUUUACCAAGUUGGACGUGGUGGCCGCCUUCCAUAAGAUCCGCAUGGCUCCGGGACAUGAGGGAAAGACCGCAUUUCGCACGAGGUUUGGGCUCUACGAGUGGCUCGUGUGCCCUUUCGGCCUGAGCGGCGCCCCGGCAUCAUUCCAACGAUACAUGAACAGUGUGUUGCGCGAGUGGCUGGACGACUUUGUCACAGCAUACCUGGAUGAUGUGCUGAUCUACUCGAGUGGUUCGAAGGCGGAUCAUGAGGCUAAGGUGCGACGAGUUCUCCAAGCACUCGCCGACGCUGGGCUGCAUCUAGACCCAGCGAAGUGCGAGUUUUCGGUACAAGAGGUCAAAUACCUUGGGUUCAUCGUCAACGCAGGGAAAGGAAUCGCCUGCGACCCCGAGAAGCAGCGUGCCAUCCGCGAAUGGGAGGCCCCGACCACGGUGAAGGGUGUCAGAAGCUUUCUGGGCUUCGCCAACUAUUACCGGAUCUUCAUUCCCGACUAUGCCAAGAUCACGCAGUCUCUAGACGCCCUGCUUAAGAAAGGAACUGUCUUUCUUUGGGGACGGUCGGAGAGCGAGGCGUUUCAGGAACUGAAGCGACGAUUUUGCGAGUCGCCUGUGCUCAAGCAGUGGGACCCGAGUCUCCCGACCUUCUUAGAGACGGAUUGCUCGGGCUACGCAUUGGGGGGCGUCCUGUCCCAGGAAGGCCCAGAUGGGCGCCGACACGCAUGCGCCUUCUUUUCGAAGCGACUUUCGCCAGCGGAGUACAACUACCCCAUUCACGACAAGGAGAUGCUUGCCAUCAUGAGAUGCCUCGACAACUGGAGCGCUGAGCUCAGGAGCUGCGGCCCAUUCACCAUCCUGACAGAUCACCGCAACUUGGAGUAUUUUAUGACGCGCCAAAAGCUCACGGAACGGCAAAGUCGAUGGGCUGGUGAAUUGUCUCAAUUCGACUUCAAGCUCGAGUAUCGACCCGGAUGCCAGGCCGUUGUGCCAGAUGCGCUGUCGCGCCGCGAGCAAGACAAGCCUCAAGGCAUCGACGACGAUCGCGAGCAAGGAAGGAUCAUUCAGCUGAUACCAGACAGCGCGAUCCCUACGUCGACAAGGACACGCAUCAACGCAACCGGCCCAGACGGCUCGGAAGCAGCCGUGUUGCCGGAGAUGAAGGUCUUCGAAGAAGCAAGCUUUCAACAGCUCUGGAACGAGACAGUAGAGAAGGAUUCGAUAUUCCAGGCGGCUUACAAGGCGGUACAAGACCAUGAACGUGUUUUCCCUCCUGCGCUGGGCUUGAAGGUCCAGAUAUCGGAGUGUGCCAUCGACGCAGGUAAGAGGCUGACAUUCAGAGACCGCAUCUGGUCGCAUGACUCUGUUGCGACCGGUCAUCCCGGUAGGGAAGGCACGCUGGCCAUUGUGGCACGCCGCUUCUACUGGCCCGGGCAGUCCCAGAUCGUUCGCCGGUUUGUGGCCAAUUGCGACACCUGCGGCCGAGCACACAUCUGGCGCCAGUCAAAAAGAGGAUUUCUCAAACCUUUGUCAAUUCCAGAUCGACCACGGAGCCACUUGUCCAUGGACUUCAUCACAGACCUGCCGCCUACCGGACUAAGCAAGGCAAAGUACCUUUGGGUGAUCGUGGACAGAUUGACGAAAGCCGUGACUCUAGAGUGUCAUUAUAGGUUCCACGGGAUGCCACGGUCAAUUGUCAGCGACCGCGGAAGCAACUGGUUGAGCCGAUUUUGGAAGAGAUUCUGCCAACUGGCGGGUAUAUCGCAGCGGCUCAGCACGGCGUAUCAUCCGCAGACCGAUGGGGGACCAGAGAGGAUGAACCAGGAGAUCGAGGCCUACUUGAGAGCCUACGUGUCAUACGUACAGGACGAUUGGGGAGAGCUCCUACCCGCCGCACAACUGGCUCUCAACAACCGCGAGUCGGCGGCGACCAAGAUCAGCCCCUUUUUCGCUGAGCAUGGUUAUCACGUCGAUCCCAUAAGCGUUCAAGAAUCGGAAGAGGCACCUAGGGAUCGAGAAGAGGGAAAGGCAGAUAGCCUACUCAGUCGCCUGCAGGAGGUCAACGAGUACAUGCAAGCAGUGAUGGCCGCCUCGCAGCAACAGCAAGAGGAGGCUGCCAACAAAAAGCGACAGCCUGCGGAGCGUUUUGAAGUUGGCGACAAGGUGUGGCUCUCGAUGGCAAACUACAGAUCGCCACGGCCGUUUCGCACGUCGUCGAGCUUGACGUACCUGGCUCGAUCCACCCCCGUUUCCACGUCGACCUCCUCCGGCGAGCCCACCAAGACCCUGCACCUGGCCAAAAGGUAG